CAGAUAUUAAAUUUAUUUCAAUUCUUAACAAAGGAUUCGUAACAAACGCAAAAAUGAAGAUUGCCUUGUCUAUUUGUGUGGUUCUUCUUUGCGCCUCAGUGGGUAUGGCUAUAAAGUGUUACGUGUGCGCCAAUUGUAGCGAACCGUAUAAUUUGAUCGAUUGUGGCGAUGGCUUUAGUGGAUGCGGCAAAGUGACUGUAGCAGGUGUUGUGGGACGAACUUGCACCGCGAGCUCUGAAACUGCUGACUGCAACACGGUCGAACUACUAGGAGUGAAAACUGAGACUUGCAACUGUGGUUCAGAUGAAUGCAACGGUGCAGGAAUGCUGAAGGCAAGCACCAUCGUCACCACAAUCUUCAGCUUCAUUUUGGCAAAAUUCUUUCUGUAAAUUGUUGAGGUGCGUUUGGUUUUCCCAAAACAUUGUUACCCUAAAUACACUAUAAUGUAAAAAAACCUCAAAACACUAAUAAAAAUACCAGAUUUCUCCAACAUAUAAACACUGAAUCAAUUUUAGGCAUUGAAAUGCCAAAAUCCUAAGGAACAUUAACUGCUCUAUUUUCGUAAAGCUAAUUUUACUAAAGUAUUUUCGGAUUGAAUGGGUCGGAAAACCAAACGCAUGUUACUGUAGUUUUUUUGUGAUUAUUAGAGUGGCUCUAAUAUAUGAAAAUCAUAUAAAAAA